UUUGGUUAAUUGAAACUGGCUAACGAUAUUUCCAGUCUUUUCACUGCUUUUGACAGGCAUCCUUCUUCAGAAUGGUUUUGAGGAUGAUCUUGUCUAUCGAUGCAAACAAGUAGUUCUUGACCUUGUGGUCCUUCACGGUCUGCUCAGCCAACUCCGUUCUCUGUACUCCGGUAAGGAUCACAUUCCUUCCAGGUUGUGAGAUCCCUGUCUCGACCAGUUCCCACCACUCCUUUGAUCUGAGAAGAUUCUCUGUGAGCAUCGCCCAGAGCUCGUAAUCUCCGUCGAACUUAGGUAUGAUUAACAUAUCUUUCUCAUUCAUCUUGAUCUCUUUUCUCUUGUACCAGGCUCGUUGCAAGCUGUGAUUCAUGGCAACCUGUUAACAUUUAUGCUUGAGUUUUGAUUUGGUUUAUUUUGCCACAGUGUUGAAAGCUGAUGUUUCUAAUACAAAAGAAUGAAAUCAAAACGAGUUGUUUACGAAGGUUGUGAUUAACAUGUGAUGUUAUUAAGAGAACUAUCCAUGUAAGUGUGAUAGUGGCCCUUUGGAGAUUCACAUCCAUUUGGUUGAAGCUUAAACAACCAUUAGCAGUUUGAUCAAAAAAAAAAAAAACAACCAUUAGCACAUGUAGUUCUGUGGAUUUUGGGGAAUUUGGACUAUUAUAGUGUCAUCGGUAAUAAACACGCAAAAGCAUUUUGAAACAGUAAGAAAACAACAGUUAAAGAUUCGAGAUGUUAAAAUCAAGGCCGAAUAUAAAACAAAUAUUAAUAAGGCCUAUGAAAGCCCAGUAUAGUUUCUAAUGGUUUAUAAGUUAUUGGGCUUGGAAAAAGACAAAAGUGAUAAAACUUAGUUAAACAGUUUGUGGACGUCUCUUACAGAAAAAGGGGUUGCGAAGAGGUGUUCUGUCGGAAUGAGAUCUCUGUCUAACCUAUCUCGUACAGAAUAUUAAAAAAAAAGGGAUAAAAAUCGAUUCGUGAGGGAUUGGAAGAAGGAUUCGAGGAGAUCAUUUGGGCGAUGAGGAAAGCUUCGAUGGAUCGUGUCUUGAGAGACAGACAACAAGACAAUGUUGAAAAACAUCGCCAAUUGCUACCAGACGAUGUCGUUGAGCUCAUCCUCGAGAGACUUCCUGUGGUGUCUCUGCUGAGAUUCAAGUCUGUAUCUAAGACGUGGAAAUCAACAAUCGAGUCCCCAAGUUUCAAACAGAGACAACUGAUGAUCACCCGUAGGAAAUCACGAGGUCCAGAUGUCGUAUACGUGACCGGGUUUGGUAAUGAAGAAGACGAAAUAAAAGAAGAAGAAGCUAAUAUUGUGGUGGGGUCUUGUGUAAUUCGUAGCCUCAAGUUCCCUACAAGGAGCGACAAGGUUUGCUAUGGUACUUGUGACGGACUUGUAUGCCUUUUCAGCAACCGCCACCCGAGUGCCGUUUUUAAUCCCGCCACUAGAUGGCGUCGAAGCUUUUCUCUUUCGAGGGUUCAACGGCUCAUCAUCUCUCACUUUAAAGCACGUAGCAACCUAUUCUGCCACACCCGAGAACCUCAGCUAGGAUUCGGCAAAGACAAAGUCAGGGGCACAUACAAGCCGGUUUGGCUCUUUAACUCUUCUGAGUUUGACCUAGACAAUGCCACCACUUGUGAAGUUUUCGACUUUACCACUAAUGCUUGGAGGGACGUCCUCCCUGCUUCUCCCUAUCGGAUUCUUGAUGGCCCGAGGCCUGUGUAUUUUGACGGGUCACUUUAUUGGUUAACCGAGUGUAAAGAAACCAAGUUGUUGUCUUUUGAUCUUCACACGGAAACUUUUAAAGUCAUCUGUAACGCCCCCUUUUCCCAUGUACCUGACCCUCGCUUUGUCGUCUUGUGCAUCCUCGAUAACCGCUUGUGCGUAUCCCUCAAAUUCUAUCCCACCAAAACCCAAGUGAUAUGGUCACUCGGCGGCUGCAACAUGAUGAUGACAUGGAAGCAAAUGUGUUCGAUAGAUCUCACCGAAACCACUUUUCAUGACCCUCCUUAUUUUCCCCGACCAGCACUGUUGCCAAUAGCUAUUGUAGACGAGACCAUAUUAUUGCUUGGUUAUAGGAGUGGUCCACCACUGGUGAUACAUGAUCUCCAUACCAAAUCUUAUGUUUUAGAUUGCUUUCCUAAAGCCUCUGGAUAUCCUGUUUGUUAUUUCCCUAGUUUGUUCUCAAAUUAAACCAUUUUUCUUUGUAAUUUAAUCAUGCCUUCUUUGUUACAAAUAAGCUUUUUUUUUUUUUUAAAUUGAUACUUCAGUUUGAGAGCUUCAGAAACACUUACCUCCUUGUUGGAUGUUGCAAUGGUGAAACUACCCAUAAGAACAACAAUGGAAUCACUUUGGCAUUUGCAAGUAAUUGUUCUUUUCAUAUGCUU